AGGCACCGCAGUUGGGUGGGGGCUCCGUGCACUUCCGUGUGAGAUGUUGCGUAUUUCCGGUCAAGAUGGCGGCGCCCAUAAGAGUCAGGUGCGGGCCACUCUGUCUUUAGCAGCGGUGACGACUCGAGGCCCGGGGAGACCCCCAGGAUUCGACCUGUCAGGACGCCAGAGCUGCCUCAGCGGUGCCCUCUCCCCAUCACUUUCUUCUACCCUUCCUCUUGACAAGCGGCCCAUGGCGGACAAAGGCUCCGGGGGCAGCCGCCUCCCCCUGGCGUUGCCCCCAGCCUCCCAGGAUUGUUCCACAGGGGCCGGUGGCUCUUCGGCGGGGGGCUCGAGCAAUCCUCCGCCCCCACGCAACCUCCAAGGUCUGCUACAGAUGGCCAUCACGGCGGGCUCCCAGGAGCCAGACCCCCCUCCAGAACCUAUGAGUGAGGAGAGGCGGCAGUGGCUACAGGAAGCCAUGUCGGCGGCCUUCCGGGGCCAGCGGGAGGAGGUGGAGCAGAUGAAGAAAUGCCUCCACGUCCUGUCCCAGGCCACGCCCCCUGCAGCUGGCGAGGCUGACCUGGCAACUGACCAGCAAGAGCGUGAGGGGGCCUUGGAGCUCUUGGCCGACCUGUGUGAGAACAUGGACAAUGCUGCGGACUUCUGCCAGUUGUCCGGCAUGCACCUGCUGGUAGGUCGGUACCUGGAGGCGGGCGCUGCCGGGCUGCGGUGGCGCGCUGCGCAGCUCAUCGGCACGUGCAGUCAGAACGUGGCGGCCAUCCAGGAGCAGGUGUUGGGACUCGGGGCGCUGCGCAAGCUACUGCGGCUGCUCGAUCGAGACGCCUGUGACACGGUGCGAGUCAAGGCCCUCUUCGCCAUAUCCUGCCUGGUCCGGGAGCAGGAGGCGGGGCUGCUGCAGUUUCUGCGUCUGGACGGCUUCUCGGUGCUCAUGAGGGCCAUGCAGCAGCAGGUGCAGAAACUCAAGGUCAAGUCCGCGUUCCUGCUGCAGAACCUGCUGGUGGGCCACCCCGAGCACAAAGGAACACUGUGCUCCAUGGGGAUGGUCCAGCAACUGGUGGCCCUCAUCCGGACAGAACACAGCCCCUUCCAUGAGCACGUGCUCGGAGCCCUGUGCAGCCUGGUGACAGACUUCCCCCAGGGUGUGCGGGAGUGCCGGGAGCCACAGCUGGGCUUAGAGGAGCUGCUGCGCCACCGCUGUCAGCUGCUGCAGCAACACGAGGAAUACCAGGAGGAGCUGGAGUUCUGCGAAAAGCUGCUACAGACGUGCUUCUCCACUCCCACGGAUGACAGCAUGGACCGGUGA